GUUCAACUGGGCAGCGUCAGAUUCUCGGGGAUCGAGCGGGAGAUUUCCGGUGGAGCGACCUUGCGGGUUGACUGGAGAGUUAGGGCCAUCGGUAACGAUGUGGAUGGGAGAGAAAUCGUUUCAGGGAUCGGGGGCCGGGUGAUCCCACGUGACAUGCGGUCAUACCGCACCCGACGCCCUCCCAUGUGGAAUAUCCUGAGGCUUCCCUCCCAGACUUCGCGCAUCCACGUCCGCAGGGUCGCAUGCAAGCCGCACCGGCCAAAAUCUUUCUCCUGACUCCUGCAAUCCAGUGAUUCUCGCAGAUCCUUGCGCUUAAAAAUAAAUGCUGUUGCCAGAUUGGUUGCGGGCUGGCAGAACUCGGAUCCUGCCCCUGCAGCCUCAUACAGGGACGAUAGAGCCUGAUUUUGGCGGAUAGGACGUGCAGAGAUCUACAUUGCCUCUUGUCUGUUCUGCAUGCGUCGAUCCUUCUCUUCUCGGCCUCGUCAGGUCAGGAUCCGCCCUCCAGGGAAAUGCACGCACGGUCUGCCUGACACGGCGGCUUCCAGCCGCACGGGCUGGGUCAGUUCCACACACGCGUCCCAAUGGUGACAGUGCUCAGAAACGUCUGUGAUCGAAGAUCAGAAGAUGCACAACUGCCCCUUCACUGGCGACGCUCGACUAUUCAGGCCGCGCACCUGCUCGUCCAAAACGUACAAGUCGCUGAUCGGGACGUACCGGCUUCCCGUGGCGUCGACCGGGCUGGCUGAUUCAUCCUUGGCCCCCACACCCUCGGCCAGCAGCACCCAUUUCUCCUUGGAAUCUCCGCAAUAGAACUUCCUGGAAUGUGCAGGUGAACCUAGACAAAGGCUCCGGCGGUGUCACCGACAUAUGAUAUGAUAGCGGUUUCGUCUGCCGACGUAUAGGCACCCCCGAAAUUGUUAUACCCGGAAAAACAACGAUGGCUGCUGGUCUUAUCAGCUCAGCGGCGCUUGGGCGGAAAACUCGCGAUCUACGCAAGCCUUGUGAUAGAUAACCAUUUUUCCAACUCCCACCGUAGUCCAGACUAUUCCAGGACAACGUCUCGUAUCUACCAGAUUCGCAAUCCAGUUCCUUCUUUUGCGUCUGGAUCUGGGCUUUCAGCGGCGGCAGAAUCCGAGCACAGUGCAUUGGUUGACGGUCGAACUUGCAGUACUGUUUAUCCCAGAGUUGGAUUUUCGGCUUGCACCGUUAUUUUCUGCACGUAUCCACGCGCAUCUUUGAGGGUCUGCCGUUCAUCAGAUGCCAAAGAGUCCGUUUUCAUGUCCGCUGCAACAGCUGUUGCUGUGGCGCCUGCCGAGAGUAUUCUCAGGGCACAACAAGUCUCUUCUCCUUCCUCUCUCGAUUCGCCGCAAUUAUGUGUUGGGGUUCAACAAGCAUGAGGCCCGGGAAUUCGGUGGAAAUAAGCUUUUUAAAGUGUCGCAUCAGCUGUCCGGUGUCUCGGUUGUAAGCAGAACAACCAGAAACAUACAUUCCCAUGUCCUUUCAGGUUUGGGAAAUCGAAGACGAUAUUUGGAUCUCAUCUAUCAUCUAUCCCUCCAGCCGUGCGAGGAACAUCUGCCUGAGCGCCGGGCCGUUCACCCCAUUGCAUGGGCAAAACCCGAGCCGCGACUUGCCGGUGAAUCGCUCUUAGCAAUCUGGAGCUUCCCGACGGGAACUUGCCCGCAGGGGAAGGCGCAGGACUUGGCCUGGAUGGAAGAAAAUGGGAAUCGAGCUCUCUUCUCGCUCUGAUCCUCGAUCGGUGUAUUUACAUGGCUUCUUCUGCCCAACCUCUCAAGUUUUCGCCGUCGACUCCUGCCAAAAGCCCUGAAUCGGGCGAGCGCGGGCAGACUCCCCCUGCACCCGCUAGCAAACCGAACGCCCCAAAGACGUCAAUCGGCCCAGGGGACAUAUCGAGUCCCCACGAACUGACAGCUUUCGUGGAGUCGCUUCUCGAGCAGUUGGAUACCAAGUUCGAUGAGAUGUCGAGCCAGAUCCUCGAAAGAAUGUCUCAGAUGUCGACGCGCGUCGAUGCACUGGAGGCGUCCAUUCACGACAUCAUCAAUGGCGAACGUGUCGGACAGCAGGUCAUCCAGGGCCAGCCCGUUAUCCUUGAGGGAGUUCUCGACAUCUCGAAAGAAGCUCGCGAUGCGAUCGCAGAGGGAAAGGCCCAGAACGGGUGGCAUCCAUUCGAAAUGGGUAUCCGACCGGAUUCACCCACCGGCUCCAGCGGUUCUUCGAGCGGUUCUUCGAAGGCGCAGCAACUGCAGCAGGAGCAGCAGGAGCAACAGCAACAGCAUUCUGCGGGCCAAGUGCAUCGACCGCUGUCGUCUUCUCCUCCAUUCGAUCCUCCGGAGAUGACGAGUCCUUCUCUGUCUGCAAAGACUGUCAUGCCCAGAGACCCGGACGGCCGACGUUUCGCCCAGUCAAUCACCAUUCCUGCUAGGCCCGAUGCGGCUCCUCCGCUGCCACUCGCACGCGAUUCGCUCAUCCACAGCCUCCGUCGGCAGCCCGAUACACCGAGCUGA